ACGCGCGUCGCGACUGCGUUCAGCGGCGGCGGCGGACGCGAUAAGAAGCAGAAUGAGUCACCGCUGAUGGUUUCACACGUAACCGAGCGAGCGUGUUCUGUCGUGUCGCGGUUCCGGUCCGUAUAAGUACAAAAGCCCGAGCCGCUGGCGCCGAGGCUCCGCGCGGCGAGCUGCGCCGACACCGGGGCCAGGUUGACGUCCCCUACCUUCUGUCAUCGACGCCCUGACGGGAUGUCUUAUUUACUUAUUCAUCUGAAACUGAGAGGCCUCGUGGUUAAUGACUGACCUACAGACAGGAGAUGCCACCUCGUUUAAAGAAGAAAAAUAUUUUUUUGUCAUUGGCGCUUCUCAUCAGUGGAUUGUACUUCAUCAUCCACUCAGAUUUCUUUACUAGCUUAAGGCCUCGUAAUUCAGUUCCAAAUGAGUUAUCCUGGCAGGCGGAGAGGCUGGUUAGUAAGGAGUCCUGGGUGGAGCAGGGGAAUCAGCUGCCUCUCAACGUGUCCUACGAGCUGCUUGCUGGAGCCCCAUCCACUCAGCAAAGAUAUUUAUCUAUAGGAAUGUCAUCAAUAAAGAGGACAAAGGGCAGCUACCUAAGCCCCACCUUGAAGUCGCUCUUCUCCCAAUCGUCUCCUGAGGAACGCAACUCCAUGGUGGUGGUAGUGCUACUUGCAGAUUUUGAUGUCAACUGGAAGGUUGAUACUGUGAAGGAGAUCAAAAAAGAAUUUCCCUCAGAGCUGGAGCAAGGCCAGCUGGUGGUCCUUCAUGUGCCAGAAUAUGUCUAUCCUCCUAUUAGAGGUAUAAAGAGGAACUACAAUGAUGCUGAAGAUAGGGUAUCAUUUCGCUCCAAGCAGAACCUAGAUUACUCCUUCCUGAUCCACUACUGCGCCGGCCUUGGCCGCUACUAUCUCCAGCUGGAGGAUGAUGUGUUUUCCGCAAAAAACUUCCUCACAACUAUGAAGAGGCACAUUGAGACGCUGGAGGCAAACAGGAAAACAUGGGCAAUGCUAGAGUUCUCAGCUCUUGGCUACAUUGGGAAACUCUACAAAUCCACAGAUCUCCCUCUCCUUGCUCGCUUCCUUUUUCUCUUUUAUCAGGAAAUGCCCUGUGAUUGGUUGAUGACUCACUUCCGAGAACUGCUGACUCAGAAACAGCCAAUGCUCAUUAAACCAUCACUUUUCCAACACAUGGGGACCUUUUCCUCUUUCCAAGGCACAUACAACAAGCUGAAGGACAAGGACUUUGAAGAAGGGUUGUACACCAAUCCUCUAGCUGAUGUGUACUCGAAUAUGGCUACAUACCAGCAGUUCCACCCUAAACUGGCCUGGGAUCCAGGGGAGGACUUCUUCUGGGGACGUUCUCCGGAAAUACAGUCUUACCUGACUGUUGUGUUUAGAGAUCCAACAGUGGUUACAGGGAUAUAUGUAGAGACUGGGUCAGGGGGCAAAGACAUUCUGGUGUCAGCAGAGGUACGGCUAGGCCACGAUGUGAUAACCAAAGAUAAAGAGAAGACCUGUAAGGAGUUCCAGUCUGUAGGCGUGUUAAAGGAGGGGAGGUUUGAGAUUCAGGAGUUGGACAAAACCUAUAGUUCUCUCUCUUCAUGUCUGAUGAUAAAGGUCACAGCUGGGCAGAUGGACUGGGUGAUUAUUAAAAAAAUCAGGAUUACAACAAAGCAGAGUACACCUGUGUGAAACUUCCUCUCAAUGUUUAUUACUUUUCAUCUGCUGGACGUAGCUUAGAGGUUAAACUUGUGACUUCAGUGCCUUCUUUAUCAAUGCAACAAUUCAGGGUUAUAGAAAAAUGUAAAGCUGCUAUGAAAAUGAUUACCACGCUCUGUGGUGUUCUGUCUCUUUAUAAAACAUUAAUGUAUCAUAUAUAUCAGCAAUAAUUAAUUCCAUGUGUUUUUUAUAUUUGUAUUUUUAUUUAAAUAAAGACAACAUGGAUCAGA